UGUUAUUAAAUAAAUCAUGUUCAUUGUAAUAUGUUUCAUUCAUUCAGGUGAAAUGAGAGUCAAAACAACAUAUCACAAAAAUGGUUAUUGAAGACACACCAUACAUUGGGUUCCCAUUAGGUUUAGCUCUUCUUGUUUCUUUCUUAUUCUUCUUUUGUUGCUUCUUCUGUUGUUGUUUAUAUUGGGACAAACUCCAGUUUCUAUUUCCAUCUUCUAUGGUUAAUGUCAUCAACCCACAACCUCGUAUAGAAACACACUUUGCUUCCUCUCAUCACAAACCUGGAUUUCCUGUUUUGAUGAUGAAGCAGAAUCAUUGUCGAAGCUUUCCUGUGUUGAUGCCGGGAGAUAAGGUUCCAAAAUUCAUAGCUAUGGCAAGUGCAUGUAAGCCUCCAAAGGAUGAAAAGAUCAUAAUCCAUGUGCAGAAGGAGUAGUUAGAAAUUUAUAGAAGAAAAAAAAAACAUACAAGGUAGGCUAAACAAGAAAAAUAAAGGAUAUUUGUUUUUCAAAUGAUAUUAUGAAACUUUUUCAACCUUACUCAUGUUGGAUCUAGUUCCUCUAGUUUGAUUAAUGCUUUGUUUGGUUGCGGAGAAGAAAAUAGAGAAGAAAAAUUAGAUGAGAAAAAGUGGAAAAAAAAGUGACAAAAGAAAGAGAUAUGAAAAGUAAAAAGAAUAAAAUUGUUAUAAAUAAAAAUAAAAGAAUCAAAAGUUAGAGAGAUAAAUCGGAAUACUUUCUGUUAUGGUUUUUCAUUAGUGUGUAUCUACACUAUAAUAUGAAGCAUAUUUAUGUGAUAC